UUGGGGACUGAGGGGAGGAUACCAUCACCAUCGAGGCUCCAUUAGGGUCCCGCUCAUGCGCUGGAAUCUAAUUGUGGAACGGGGAGACCCCACGGUGUUGACGUGGAAGCUAUCACUUUGAAAGCUGGUGGCUCUUGAGAGAAAGACGCAUAAACUGCUCGCGGUUUGGGACUGACCUGGAUCUGCAGCAGAAGGUCAGACGGAGAGGGCCCUGGAUUUAGGGGGACCUGCAGGACUUCAUACCCAUCGCUCUGUGGUGAAUGACGCGUGGACUGGAGCUACAAUGUCCAAUGAAGGUGACACUGGCGGUCAGCCUUCCACAACAACAAUCAGCACCGUGGCGGUGCAGGCCGGGGAGUCACGGAUCAUCAUAGUUAUACUCAAGUGUGGGCAGCUGCUGCAGCUGCAGCUGGCCGAGGCAGAGCCCAAUCUCCUGGAGAUUGGGAGCAAUCAGGACGAGACCAAGAAGCUCCUGCAUGAACAUGAGCAGCUGCUGACCAAGCUGAAGAAACAUGAAGGUGGCGUCUGGGAUCUCCUGGAGGAGGCAGAUAAGACGGCGGAGGAGAAGAAGGACGAGGCGCCGGUGUACGAGGCCAUGGCCGACACCCUGAGCGAUGCGUGGAAGGCCCUGGUCGCGCAGCUGGAGAAACGCAGGGCGCUUCUUCACCUGGCCUCCGAAUUCUUCGACAGAGCGCUGGAGUUCGCCAUAAAGAUUGACGAGGCCGAGGACUUCCAGAGAAACACACAGGAGCUCACCGGCACCGACUGCUUGAAGGAGCUUCUCCAGAAACACAGCUGCAUUAAAAAAGGGCUUUUGGAGAAAUCUAUGCUAGUUUUGAAUAAGAGUCGGGAGCUGCUGGACUUCCUGAAGGACUUCCAGGCUGAGGAGCCUCUGAAGAGCCAGGACACAGUUGGUGGAGCACGUCGGAGCUGUGAGAAGGUGGAGAGUCUGAUGGAGAUUCUGCAGGACAGACGCAGACAGGUGGACCAGCACAUGAAACAGCAGCGCCUUGACCUGGAAGUGAUCCUCCGCAUCUACCAAUGGGAGCGGCAGGAACAGGAAGCAACGAACUGGUUUAAGGACAAAGCUGAGGCGUUCCUGGAGAAAGACCAACUCGGUUCAACGCUGUCAGAAAAUGAGGAGCUGCUCCAGGAGUACAAAGCCUUUGAAUCAAAAGCCAAGGACUGGAGCUCGUUGGUGGAGAGGCUGCUGGCGGAGGCCUCCCAGAUCCUGGCCUCAGAGGAUUGUGCCGAGAAGGAGCACGUGGAGGCAAAGAGUCAGAAGCUUAAGGCCCUGCACGAGGAGUUCUGGAACCUGAUGAUGGGUCGUAUGGCUCACCUGCAGGAGAGCAAUGCUUUCUUCAGUGGCGCCAAUAAGGCGUUUGAAGUGAUGGCAGGGAUCGAAAGCAGCCUGAAGGUGGUGAAGUCCCAGUCCCUGAGUCUGCCUGAGCUGGCCAAGAAACACGAGGAACUGCUGUGGAACAUCAAAGAGGCAGCUGCCGAACCCCUGCAGAGAGGCCAGCUCCUGCUCCACAAGGUGAACCCUAAAAGUGCCCAGGUGGGCGGGGUGCAGAGGAUGAUAGGCUAUAUCCAUGAGCGGGUGGAGUCGCUGAGCCAGGAGUGCCACGCCCACCGAGAGCUGGCGGAGAAGAGACAGCAGCUGGUGGCCUCCUUCGAAGACCUAGUGGACAAGGUCUCAGUGUGGAUCAAGACCAGCAGCUGUGUCCUCUCCAACAACGCAGAACCGGGGUUAGUGCUGUCAGAAUCUGAGGAUGUGCUGAACAGACACCUGGAGCUGUCCUCCCAGACACAGGGUGUCACGAGUGAAUUUGAGGUGAUCGCCGAGCUCAUUAAGGCACUGAAAAUGCUGGAGACUCCCGAGGCCACCGAGUUCUCCAACAGAGCCAGCCUCCUGAGUGAGGAGCUGAAGACCCUCACCAGGAACAUCACGGCUCGCACCGAGAGACUCAAACCCUACGUGGCCUUCCUGCGCGCUGCCGAGGAGGUGGACGAGCAUGUCCGCAGUCUGCAGGAGGGCUUCAAAAACAGGCCUGAGGAGGAGAAUGAGGAGGCCAGCGCCGCAGCCAAGGAGAUGGCCGACGCCAAGUGGCAGUCCCUGCUGGAGAGGUUCCUCACUGUGCAGGACCUGGGAAACAACUUCGUCAACUCCUCCAACAUGGUCAGUGAAAACCUCAGCCUCAACCUGAAGGCGGCCGUGACUGUGGUGGAGAACACCUUGGACGACCUGAAUAAGAAGAAGGCCAACCUGACAGACAUGUGGACCUCUUGGCAGCUGCAUGUGAGCCAGAUGAAAUCAGUGAAAAAGCAGUGGAAGAAAUUCAAAGAGCAACUUAAAAAGAUGGCACAUAACCUUAAGACAGUGGAGGAUAUUCUUGUCCCAGCCUCCAAAGUUGACCUGGGAAGUGAUCUUCUUUCUGUGUCCAAGCUGUUGGAGAAUUUCAACCUCACAAAGCCUCAGUUUGUGCAAUUGAAUGCGGAGGUGGAGUACAUGGUGAAGAUUUCUGAGCUGUUAGCCUUAAAAGGAAUUCCCAUUAAAGAGAAGAAUGAGAAAGUCACAGAGCUCCUGCACCUCCACCAGCGAGUGAAAGACAAAAUCAAAGAGUAUGAAACAGUCCUCAGCAUGGCGGUCAAAUUCCAUCAGCUGUUUGAUGAGCUGGAGAACCUCCUGACGUCGGAGCCGGUGACGGCGUUCCCCAACACCAGCCAGGCGAAGAUCCAGCUGACGCAGCACCAGGAGAGGCAGAGCCGCGUCCGCCACCUGUACAAGCUGGCCGUGUCACUGGGGGCUGACAUCACCAGUACCGCGCUGCAGUCGCAUGCUCUGGGGUUCUCGGUGCACCGGCUCCAGGCUAAGCUGGAGAGGCUGGAGAGGGGAAGCGUGAACUGGAACGCCGAGGCGGACAGGUGUGAGGAGAGCCUGGUGAGCAACGUGCACUACUGCAUCUUCAAAGAGGAGAUCAACGAGCUGAGAGAGUCAUUUAAGGACCUCAAGAAGAAAUUCAACAACCUGAAAUUCAAUUACAUGAAGAAAAAUGACAAAUCAAGAAACGUGAAGGCGGUGAAGAACCAAAUCCAGCAGAUUGAGAUUUAUGUGGAGAAACUGCAGGUGUUGAAGAAGAAGAUGCAGACGUUCACGGUGAAGGUCUCCACCAGCACAGAGAAGCACCUGAUCAGCAGCAGCCCCAGAGAGAUCGAGGACGCCGUUAACGAGCUGCAGAGACAGCUGGGAGACUUUGACAAGGUGGUGGAGGAGUACAAGCACAACCUGGAGAUGACGGUCAGGCUACAGCAAGCCAUGGAGGAGUAUCAGUUUUGGUGUGAUGAUGCAAGUGCCACCAUUGUACGCGUAGGGAAGUACUCCUCAGAGUGUAAGACCAAGGAAGCAGUCAGCAUCCUGUACAAACAGUUUGAAAAGUUUGUGUGGCCCACUGUACCCCAACAAGAGGAGAGGAUCAACCAGAUCACAGAGCUGGCUAUUCGUCUGCAUGGUCCAGAAGAGGGAAAGAAGUUUGUAGAGAAAACCGUCACCAAACACAAUGAGAUUGUGGAGUCCAUAAAGGAACUGUGUAAUGGCUUAAUGGACCUGGAAGCCAAACUACAGACAGAGGCUUUGAAACAGGCAGCUGAGAGAAAGGAACCCGACGCUGAAAUCACAACAGAAAAAGCAAAGCAGUCAUCAGAAAUGAUGGAAGCAUCUAAAGAAUCCAUAGAGAUGACUGAGCUGAAAGACACUGAGCCAAAAGAAACCGGACAUACUCCUGAAAAUCCUGAGACCGGAAAUGAGAAGGAGGUGCCCAUCAAGAAAUCCACCAAGAAGCUUCACGUGCGCAAAGCCAAAGGCCAGAGCUUGCCUGACAAACCCCUCCCAGAACAUCAUGCGGUCCUGUCUGAGACAAGGUCCCACACCCAGGAGUCCUAUUUGGAGACCAGCACGGUCAAGACCGUCACCAGCAAUUCGACUGUCGAGAGGACGGAGCAGCUGCACUCUUCGUUCUCCCACAUUCAGACUCUCAACGUGUCCUCCUCGCCCGUGGAAGGGGAGGCGAAGAUUCACGUCCUCCACCAGACAGGAAGUGAAGCGCAGGCCACCCCUCCCCCUGUGGCUCCAAGCUUCUCUGACAUCCAGCGGAGGUUCCAGAGUAAGGGGUCCACACAGAGGGCUGCCCAGGAGAAGGUGCGGGCGUUCAGUGGGUUUCAGGCCCCAUCUGCUGAUGUGCAGGGUGAAACACCACAGGCUACAGAGGAGUCUUUCUCCCAUGAUGCAUCAGACCUGCUCCAGCCCACUGGGGAGGGGGGCGGGCUGACAGAGGGGGAUCUCCAGCAGGAGCUCUUCACCGAGGAGUCGCUCUCCAACGACGAAUACGAGUGCACCUCCCCCGACGACAUCUCCCUGCCCCCCCUCUCCGAGACCCCGGAGUCCAACAUCGUCCAGUCGGAGAACGACCUGGACGAUGGCUUCUGCUUCAGCUCACACAGCCUCCACGUCAACCAGUUCAGCCACCAGUCCCAUUCCCAGCUUAACGACGGCCCCGCCCACGAUGCCGUCCAGCACAGGCGCGAGUGGGUCUCCCACCAGACCGAGGAGUACCCCUCCCCCACCGGGGCCCUGAGCUCCAAGUUCAGAGCGGAGUCCUCCUCCUUCGUGCGCAGCCCCCUGACGGUGCCCACCCCCACCCUCGUCUCCAACACCCUCUCCAGCAUCCUGAAGAGCAAGCCCGCCCCGCCCCUGCCGCCCGGCAGCCACAGCCAGUGCCACCAGACCUUAUACGCCGUGCAUGAGAGCUUCACAGAGACCCAGGAGUGUGUGCAUGACCCUGGCCAGGGCAGAGGGAACCCCGCUCGGGCCGAUAACACGCAUGCCCCCCCAUCCCCAUUAACCACAGAACAGGACCCAGACCUCUGCAAGCCCACCGCUGUGCGUGAGGAAAUCCGGCUCCUGUCCGGGAGCAGGGCCGCCGGCAGCCUAGCAGGCCAAGGCCCUAAGUUCUCCAAACUCUUGUCUAACGCCACAGUAAUGGAGGGUUCCCCCGUGACCUUGGAAGUAGAAGUCACUGGAUUUCCAGAGCCUACUUUAACAUGGUACAGGAAUGGACAGAAACUGACCAAUGAUGAGCACAUAGAACUGUCCCAAAAAGAAGGCAAACACGCUUUGUUCAUUCAGACGGUCACUGAUAGCGACGCAGGCCUUUACGCUGUACGCGCCACAAACUCUAGCGGUACUCUCUCCUCUAGCGCUGUGCUCCAGGUCAAAGGUAACUCCUGCCCUAGCCUCGCCCCCACUUUCAAGCUGGACUGGCUCACCUGCUUUGGCACCUUCUGUGUACUUCUGUGGCUCCUCUACUUACUGGUGUUGUAGACGUAGAAGCGUAUGGGUUUAGGUUCGCCACCCCUUUCACCUUUCACCUAUCAGGACUUUUGUGUUUUCACAGCGCACUGAAUAACAACUACUACAAGCCUGUCAAAAUGUUUGUGAUGUUUCUGUGUCACCACUGAACCUGAUCACCACCUGUGUUACCCAGAAGGCUGACUUUCUCUGUCAGUGUGAUGUUUAUUCAGAGAAGUUCAAAGACUUAGAGGCGAUUGUUGCUGUUAAAGAGAAAUUUUCUUUUGCUUAAUAUUUUGAAAGUGUUCACCUGAAUUAUGGCAUAGGGUGGAAUGUUUAGCAAUUGAGCUAGCUCUUUUAAGACAUUAUGCCUUUAUGAUUUAUUUUCUUUACAGACAACCAGAUACAUGCCACAUGGACACUGCUUGUAAUUUCACAUUCUGUAAAUCAUUUAUAUACUUAGAACUGUAUCCAACUCUCCAACAUUAUUUUGAAUAAUACAUCUGUUGUGUUUAAAGGAUAUUUUAAUGUAAUAAUUGUAAUUAUUGACACAAGGGAUAUUAACUUAUGAGGAUACUGUAAUUGAUUUCUUUCUCAGGACAAAUAUUGUGCAAAUGCAUGCAAUUAUACAGGGGAAAAAUUGAGUUUCACCAAAUCGAUUUUGGUAUUUUUGUUUUUCCUUUUCAGACAAAGAAGGUCUUACAUCACAACAAUUGACAUAACACUGAAAUACAUAUUUUCCUCCAUGAACAGUAACAUAUGACCAGAGAUCAUCCUAAAUGCCAUCUGAAAAUUCAUGUCAUCACUUUUUUAAUUAAUUUAGCUCUCUGAUAGUAAAAUUUUAAUUUGUGGUACAUUUUAUUUAGCAACUAACCUAAUGGAUGUAUUGUUGUAUAGUGAAAUACAGCAAUAGCAUUAACUAUUAGAAAUUAAGCCAGUGUUGAACUUCUGUUCAGUUUGAACACUGCAUUGUACUUGGACAUGCUACUGCUUUGCUGUUACCCCUUGCCAAAUAGCUUUCUGUCUGCGGUAAAUUUGUCUAAUAAUAUACAUGAUGACAUUCAAGAAAGACUAAAUCGGAUAAUGGUGUAUUUGAAGAUCAUAGUCAGAGCAGUGUUAAGCCAUUUUGCUCAUUACGUUACACAAAUAUGAAAUCAUAUCCCUCAGUUGCCACUGUGCUUUUGUGAUGUUUCAUUUGAUCUUGUAGUCAAAUUUAGGUGAAGUACUUACCACUAAUCAUGUUUGCUUAUAUAUCUCUCUGGGUGUGUUAUGGCCUAUAAUGCAGGAGGUCCUCUGAAUGUGUCAAACUGUGAUAAUGCGGGGGUUGGGUGCCAAAGUCACCCGAGAGUACAAUGCCUGUUUGAAUAAAGUAAGUGUUGCUGUUCAGUUAUGUCUAAUCUGUUAAGUACGUUCAGAGAAACUUAAUGUCUCCACUAAGUUUAAAGAUGAGUUUGUAUUUGCCAAUUCAAUGACGUUGGUCAGGCACAGCAAAAUAGCGCAAAGGCUAUGUGCAACAAUAACCUAUGGUAUUGUGGCCUUCAUGCUGAAAAUGGUUCAGGC